AUGGCCAUGGUCGUCGUCAUGGCGCUAGCGCCGGCAGCCAGCGCCAUGGAGUUCAGCCAGUCUGAGAAGGCUACCUUGGCUCUCUACGAGCGGUGGUCCGUGCGCUACUCCGUGGCGCGCGAGGCCAGCGACACGGCACGCCGGUUGGCCAUCUUCACCGACAGCGCGCGACGCGUCCUCAAUGAGUCUUCCAGCUACAUCGCCAUCAACGUCUUCGAUCCGGCGGGGGAGGACCGUGCUCUCUCCUACGUGACAGGAAACGGCGGUAUGGCGCCGGAGUCUGCCUAUCCCUACGAGGGACGGCAGGGUCCGUGCCAGAAGGUCGUCGGGCCACUCAUCCCGAUCGACGGCUACACUGGAGUGCCACCAUACUCUGAGUUGGAACUCAGAGCAGCGGUGGCACGGCAACCGGUCGUGGUUUCGGUGGAAUCCAGCGGGAUGGAAUUCAAGCAGUACCCGGGAGGGAUCUUCGAUGGACCUUGUGGGAGCGCCAUCAGUCAUCAGAUGACGACGGUGGGCUACGGCACCACCGAGACCGGCGAGGCCUUUUGGCUACUGAAGAACUCGUGGGGUGCAAGCUUGGGAGAGGAUGGCUUCAUGAGGAUGGCGCGAGAGGUGGGCAGCGAAGGCGAUGGACUCUGCGGCAUCCACAUGCAUGCGUUCUACCCAACGUGGAACUUGCAAGAGGAUUGUAAUAAAAUUUCGGUCUAG